AACAGAAAGGAGAAUCACACUUCAAAGCUUUACAUUAUACCCAUCAAGACUGUUGCUCGCUUCUGUGCCUCAAGAGCUUCACUUGAGUCCUUGCAGUUUGGUGAGACUUCCCGACGCACCAAUGCUAAUGAAAAUCAGAGCUGGUAGGCACAAGCUAAUUUAUGAGAUGAAGUCCUUGAUGUAUAUAUAUUGAUGAGGUGAUUGAAGAAAAAAAACCAGAACAAUGCACAAAUGAAGUAUAAUAGUUCUAUGAGUAAGCUAAUUACAAGGAGUAGCUGAAAGUAUAAGAGAUAUAUAUUGAUUGCUGAGGAAACUCAAGUUGCAGGGGAGUUCCAUGGGAAGCUUCACUACCUGGACCAAGUGUAUGAAUUGGAAUAAGAAUAAUGUGAAGAAAAGAUAAACAAGAGAAGAUAACCAGAGAUGAAGAAGAUACCAGGAAGAAAGGAAAAUACCACUUAAUGCCUAAUGAAUUGAGCUCCUCCCUCAAUUGAGUAUUUGUUGUUUUCACCCUAAUGCUUUUUCUCACCACUUGAGCUUGCGGUUAAUGGGCCAUCUGUGUUUCUUUCAUAACAAACUUUGUAUUUGGCACUACCCCAUUGUGGAAAUGACUUCACUGUUCCUCCUCAUUGUUUUUCUUUGUUACACUUGACUGUGCAAGUUGUGUUCCGCAGAAUAAACGAAUUUGAGAGAGAGUUGAACGAAUUGUUUGAUGAAGUGAAAAGAAUGAUUAGGGUGGGAAAAAAGGAUGAUGCUGUUGACCUACUUAAUGCAAAUUAUGAAGUGGUAAAAGAUCGGAUGAAUGCUGGCGCUAAAGGCAUUGAAGAAGCUGCACUUCUGGAUGUCAUAGCGUUGGGUUAUGUGGCUGUUGGAGACAUAAAAACUAUUGGUUCUCUGUUGAAUGUGAUGAAAGAAGUGAUUGACAAUUUGAAGGAUGACUCACCACAUCUUGAUUUGAUACUAAUGCAUAUGGGAAGUAUGUAUUCAACUUUGAGCAAGUUUGGAAAAUCACUGGACACUUAUCAAAGGGCUUUCAACAUUAUGGAAAGGACUUAUGGUAAGGACAGCCCUUUUCUUGUCACACCCUAUUUGGCUAUGGCAAAGGUUCUUGGUUCAACUGGAAAAGCAACAAAAGCCAUAGAGAAAUACCAGUGUGCAAUAACUAUUUUGGAGUCUAAGAGAGGUGCUGAAAGUAAGGAUUUGGUUGUACCUUUACUUGGUCUUGGGAAUCUUUUACUGAAAGAAAGAAGAGUCAAUGAUGCAGAAACUCAUUUUACUAGGGUUCUAGACAUAUACACAAAGUCAUACGGACAAAAUGAUGGAAGAAUUGGAUUGGCCAUGACUUCCCUAGCCCAAGUUAAGUGUGCUCAAGGGAAGCCAGAUGAAGCAAUCCAUUUGUAUGAACGUGCGCUUCAUGUCAUGAAUGAUUCCAAUUACUUGUCGCCAGAUGACAGCAUCAUGGAAAAGAUGAGGGUAGAUCUUGCUGAGUUGCUUCAUGCUGUUGGGAGAGCACAAGAAGGCAGAGAGUUAUUAGAGGAAUGCUUAUUAAUCACAGAGAGGCACAAAGGAAAGGGUCACCUCAGCUUAGUGACACACAUGAUAAAUCUUGCAACUUCAUAUUCCCAAUCGAAGAAUUACGCAGAGGCUGAGCACUUGUUGAGAAGAAGUUUGGAAAUAAUGAUAAAGCAGAAGGGAAGCGAUGACCCGUCAGUCAGCUUUCCAAUGUUGCAACUUGCAGUUACGCUCUACCAUUUGAAACAAGAUGAAGAAGCUGAGAAACUGGCACUGGAUGCUUUGCGCAUCCGUGAGAAGACUUUUGGAGAAGAUUCUCUUCCAGUUGGGGAGGCUUUGGACUGUUUGGUGUCUAUUCAAACCCGAGUUGGUAAAGAUGAGAGUGAGUUACUUGUGCUACUUAGGAGGAUUCUAGAUAUACAAGAGAAGGAAUUUGGAUAUGAGAGUGAGGAGGUUUUGGUUACACUAAAAAAGAUUGUGUCCUUCUUGGAUAAACUAGGGAGAAGUGAUGAAAUGCUUCCCUUGCAGAGAAGGUUGUCUUUGCUUAGGAAGAAGUAUAAGCAGAUGAUUUAUCACUGAACUCAAGGACAAGGAGUAUAAUAUGGCCUCCUUUUUGGUGCUGUCUUUGUGAGCUUAAAUGGCAAUCCAAGCGGGUUUAAAAAAUAAUAAAAAUAGAAAUAGAAAGUCUAAACCAAUCAGAUUGGUUACGAUUUAGUGUACUGUUUUUUGUUUAGGAACUGGAAAUGAGUAAAUGAAUAGGAAGAAGAGUGUUGGAAUCGAUUUAUUUAGAA